GGUUCGGAGCCGUCGUCGCUCCAGCAGCUCAGGCAGGGAGGGGAUGGGUCCAGGCUGGUAACCGGGCUGGAACAGGGAUAACCUGCAUCCUCCCGUCUCUCCUCGGAUGCUCUGAUGGAGUGAGCCGGCCGGAUAUGCGCUUUUAUUUCCCGUCUCCGUCGAUCAUGGAAACGGUUCAUCUGGCAGCCCAGUAAUCCUUGGAGCCAAGAGGUCAGAGGUCGCUCACUAAAAACCCACAUCUGUCCCUUUCAUUCCUGCACCCCACUCUACCCUGUUCCCCAGUACCUAAUCCACCUCGUCUUCCUCACAACUUCCCCUGACAGAAUCCCUCCUUACAAAAACCAGCAGCCGUACUUUUCAUGACGAGGAAGAAGCUCCUCAGCAGACCGUCCUAGUCCCCCCCUGUGAUAACUCCUCAGGCCUCACCAUGAUGUGCGAGGUGAUGCCCACCAUCUCAGAGGACGGCCGUGGAGGCGGAGGUGGCGGCGGCUCGUCCUCGCCAGCGGGGAGCGCAGGUGGGAUGGGAGGCUAUGGAAGCCGAGAUCCUCGCAGUGGCGGCGGCGGUGGAGGAGGAGGUGGAGGAGGAGGAAGUGAUGAAGGGGGAAGCUCUGGUAACUUGGAGUCGCUGAUGGUGAACAUGCUGACGGAGCGGGAGAGGCUGCUGGAGAGCCUGAGGGAGACGCAGGACAGCCUGGGGACGGCGCACCUUCGCCUGCGAGAGCUGGGCCACGAGAAGGAGUCCCUGCAGAGGCAGCUGUCCAUCGCCCUACCGCAGGAGUUUGCGGUUCUGACCAAAGAGCUGAACCUUUGCCGGGAACAGCUGCUAGAGAGGGAAGAGGAGAUAGCCGAGCUGAAGGCGGAGCGAAACAACACACGGCUGCUCCUCGAACAUCUGGAGUGCCUGGUGGCCCGCCACGAGCGCAGCCUGAGGAUGACUGUGGUGAAGAGGCUGACCCAGUCUCAGACCGGCGUCUCCAGCGAGGUGGAAGUCCUCAAAGCCCUCAAGUCGUUGUUCGAGCACCACAAAGCGCUGGAUGAGAAGGUGCGGGAACGGCUACGGGUGGCGCUGGAGCGCGUGUCGGUCCUAGAAGAAGAGCUGCAGUCUUCUUCCCAAGAGGUCGUGUCUUUGAGGGAACAAGUGAAGCGAAGGCAGCAAGGACUAGACAACGGCAAAGAGCGCCUUCCCAACGGACCGGCAUCCAUCUUGGAUGACGCCGACAUCGACCGGCAGAGAGAGGGCGAGAUCGAGCGGCAGAGAUCGGAGCUGGGGCAGCUGAAGGAGAGGCUGGCUCUCAUGUGCAGACAGGUUGGUGAGAUUGAGGAGCAGCUGACGUCGGCCAGGAGGGAGCUGGCCCGAUCCGAGGAGGCCAACCAGAAGCUGCAGCGGGACCUGAAGGAGGCGCUUUGUCAAAGGGAAGACAUGGAGGAGAGAAUCACCACGUUGGAGCGCAGGUACCUGAGCGCCCAGCGGGAGGCAACGUCUCUCCACGACAUAAAAGACAAGCUGGAGAACGAGUUGGCCAGCAAGGAGUCUCUGCACAGACAGAGCGAAGAGAAGAACCGGCAGCUGCAGGAGCGUCUGGACGACGCCAAGCAGAAGCUGCAGCAGACGCUGCAGCGAGCCGAGACGCUGCCGGAGAUCGAGGCGCAGCUGGCGCAGAGAGUGGCCGCGCUCAACAAGGCGGAGGAGCGUCAUGGCAACUUUGAGGAGCGGCUGCGACAGAUGGAGGCACAACUGGAGGAGAAGAACCAGGAGCUACAGAGAGCGAGGCAGAGGGAGCGGAUGAACGACGAACACAACAAGCGUCUCUCUGACACCGUGGACAAGCUGCUGUCUGAGUCCAACGAGAGGCUGCAGCUCCACCUGAAGGAGAGGAUGGCCGCUCUGGAGGAGAAGAACGCCCUUUCUGAGGAACUGUCCAACAUGAAGAAGCUCCAAGACGAUCUGCUAGCAAACAAGGAUCAGCUGAUUGCAGAGCUGGAGCGUCUUCAGCUGGAGGUGGACCAGCUCAGAGCCCGACCCGGAGGCUCCUACUCCAGCCGCUCUCUGCCAGGCAGCGCCUUGGAGCUGAGGUAUUCCCAUGGAGGCGGGUCGCUCCCGACCGGCUCCACCACUCACCUGGAUCCCUUCGGUAAUGCCUCCGUCGCGGGGGUGGGCAGACGGAGCCACAGGGCCCGCUGGAGCACCGCCCAUGAGGACUCAAGCAAGUACCCAGACUGGGAGAGCGGGGCUUUGCUGGGAACCGGGUACGAGCAGAGCCUGGACGUGGGCUGCUGCUCCGAUGACGAGGACGACGGGGAGCCUCGAUUCGAGCUGCUUUCCCCCAGCGGACAGACAGACGUGCAGACCCUGGCCAUCAUGCUGCAGAAACAGCUGGAGGCCAUCAAUAAGGAGAUCAAGCUGAUCCAGGAGGAGAAGGAGAACACAGAGCUGCGAGCUGAGGAAAUCGAGAGCCGGGUCAGCGUGGCGUUGGACAGCCCGCCCACACAUCCCUCCUCUUUGGGCAGAGACGGCACUGGACGGGGCUUCAUCCCGUCAUCCAUCACGUCCUCCACCCUGGCCUCCCCGUCUCCCCCCAGCUCUGGACACUCCACCCCUCGCCUGCCUCACUCCCCGGCCCGCGAGACCGAUAGACAGAACAACAAAGAGGACGAUCGAUCUCUUGCUCUCCUCGACUCCACGCCUCCUCCGACUCCUCGCGCGCUGCGAUUGGACAGAAUGAACCUCACCCACCCGGGCGCCAUGCUCGACGACCCCCGGGAGUUUCGCAGCCUUUCUGCAGACGGCAGCAGCUCCAACAGCAGCCAGGAUUCUCUCCACAAGUCCAGCAAGAAGAAGAGCAUCAAGUCUUCCAUCGGUCGGCUUUUUGGGAAGAAGGAGAAAGGAAGGUUGGGCCAACCUGGGCGUGAGGAGUCUGCCUCUCUUGCGUCUACGCCUUCUGAAGACCUCGGAUCUGGAGACGCAAUGGGGAUAAACAAGACGGGAACUCUUGGUCCGGCAGAUAAAGACCGUCGCAGCAAAAAGAAACAUGAACUUCUGGAAGAAGCUUGUCGCCAAGGACUUCCGUUUGCAUCUUGGGAUGGACCGACUGUUGUGUCUUGGUUAGAGCUGUGGGUCGGUAUGCCCGCCUGGUACGUAGCGGCGUGUCGUGCUAACGUAAAGAGCGGCGCCAUCAUGGCCAACCUGUCGGACACAGAGAUCCAGCGGGAGAUCGGCAUCAGUAACCCGCUCCACCGCCUCAAACUGCGCCUGGCCAUCCAGGAGAUGGUGUCCCUCACCAGCCCGUCUGCCCCAGCCAGCACUCGCUCAUCCACCAGCAACGUGUGGAUGACCCACGCAGAGAUGGAGUCCCUGAACGCCGCCACCAAGCCUCCGGAACUGAAGGAGUUCAGCUGGGAUCAGAUUCUGGCCUACGGCGACAUGAAUCAUGAGUGGGUGGGCAACGACUGGCUGCCCAGCCUGGGCCUGCCCCAGUACCGCAGCUACUUCAUGGAGUCGCUGGUGGACGCCCGCAUGCUGGACCACCUGACCAAGAAGGAGCUGAGGGGACAGCUGAAGAUGGUGGACAGCUUCCACAGGGUCAGUUUGCAUUACGGCAUCAUGUGCCUAAAGCGCCUGAAUUACGACCGAAAAGAGCUGGAGAGGAGGAGAGAGGACAGCGUCCACCAGAACAAAGAUGUGAUGGUGUGGUCCAAUGAGCGCGUGAUGUGCUGGGUCCAGAGCAUCGGCCUGAAGGAGUACGCAGACAACCUCAGAGAGAGCGGCGUCCACGGCGCUCUGCUGGCUCUGGACGACACCUUUGACUACACCGACCUGGCCCUCCUGCUGCAGAUCCCCAACCAGAACACACAGGCCAGACAGGUUCUGGAGCAGGAGUACAACUCCCUGAUCUCCAUGGGAACGGAGAGACGACCCGAUGAGGAUGGAACGAAGACGUUCACCCGCUCGCCCUCCUGGAGGAAGAUGUUCAGGGAGAAGGACCUCCGGGGCGUGACCUCCGACUCCGCUGAGACUCUGCCCGCUAACUUCCGUGCCUCAGCCAUCUCCACACCCUCCGUCACCCUGAGAAAGGUUCAGAGUGACGCUAGCUCUGGUGCCCGGGGUGAAUCUGCCUCAGUGAGGACGUACUCCUGUUGAGUCGCCGAGGGCGCUGGCUGGAUUGGGCCUACAGGACCCUCUCACUCAUCCACAAAGAACGAAGCAAUGACUCUACCAAUUAACCUAAACGCAAACCUGGCCAUUCUGCAAUAACAGUAGCAAAGGAAAAUAGGGGGAAAAAUGACAUGAAGAAUGUAUAAACUUGUUCUCAGAUUUAGUGGGUUGAAUCGGACCGGCUGUUUUCUCUCUCCGUCUAAGUGUCCGCCGCCGUUUAUCAUCUUACAGUCUCAAACAUCAGAACGUCUGCUCGACACCAAGGGCCGGGCCAGAACCUGAACUCAUUGUUUAGUUCGGAUCUAGAGGGUGUUAAAGCUGAAAAGAGAUUCUGGGAGACAGACAGAUGUGUCGGAAACGACACCGGCGCUCCUUUAUUUCCGCUGGUGUCCGGUUUCAGCCGGCGCAGCCCCUUUUUGUUGGCCUCCCUGAUCCCCACCAGGAUCGGGUGGUGUGGUAAAACACGGCUGAAUUCAACCACCAUUUAUGUCCGACCACAUCAGAGAUCCAUUGUCUGUUGGCACCUUGAAGGCGGAUAGUGAUCUCUUUUGAAAGGGGCAUCAAAGGAGAGAAUUUGGUGGAGCAAACUUUGUCACCAGAAGCUUUUAUGACCCUUAAAUUGAUUUAUGUUGGUUAUUCAGACUAAAAUAGAUCCGCCUUUCACUCUAGUGGCAAAAUCUUAAACUGAAAAAUUAUAUUUAAGUUAUUGAAAAGAGGCAGCGUUACUGCUGCAGCACUUAUUUACUACAUCAGAGUAUCAGAGCCACGCUAAGAAUUUUUUUUAUACAAAAAUAAAGUUGUGUGAGAAGAAAGUAGAAAUAAUAUUAGAAGAAUGUCAUAAUAUUAUCAGAAUAAAGUCAUAAUAUUACCAGAAUAAAGUUGCAGUAAUGUGAGAUUAAAGUCUUAAUUUUGUGGUAAGUCAUGGUGUAGAAUAAAGUUGUAAAAUUACCAUUAUUAAGUCGUAGUUAUACAAGAAUAAAGCCAUAAUAUUUUGAGAAUAAAGUUGUAAUAUUUUGAGAACAGUCAAUACAUCAGCAUCAGAUUAUUAUCAGUAGCACCUGAUGUAUUUACAACUUUAUUCUCGUAAUAUUUUGACUUUUCUCAAAGUAUUACGACUUUAUUCUGAUAUUUUAAUAGAUUAAGUAUUUCCUUAUUCGUAAAACCAAAACCAAAGUAUAAGCUCUGGUGUAAAUAACGCAAAAUUCAUAUUCUGCACAGUUUCAAACCUUCAUUUGAAUCUCAACUUCUUCUAAAAACAGUCCAAGCACUUGAAAGAAAAAAAAACAUGCAGGUGUUUUUUGGCAAUAAAAUAAUUCUUUUUGGUGCCUUGAAAAUGAGCCGUUUCAGAAACGUCACACUUUGCCGUUACCUAGCUGAGCUCCAGCAUGAUUAGUCAGCCGGUUUUACCUCUAGUUGUGCUAUACAACGGCUGCUGGAAUAGACAAGUGUUUUGUUGUUGACUUGCCAUUUAGAAAUAACUUCCUGCAUUCUGUUGGUUGCGCAGGAGGCUCCACUUCUGCUUUUCAAAGAUCUACAGAUGUAUAAUUGUGCAUCUGUUUGCAGCCAUUUUUAAGUGUAAACAUUGAGUUGGGGGCUGCAGCCAGCAGCAGCUUAUUCGGACUCUCCUUUUUUCUUUGCUUGUGUUUUGGAACUACUGAUUUAGAUUAAAGCUAUGCUAUGCUAUGCUAGCUAGACAGUAGCCUCCAGUUUUACCCAGUAAGAACCGAGACUCCCACCAAGUCACUAUGAAGUUUCCACUGAUAGUUUUUUAUGAGGACGGAGCUGACAGAGAGACAAAAACAGCCAAUCCAAGAGGAUGGAAAGCAAAAAAAAAAUGUAAAAUGUGAACAGAAGUUGGUCAUUCUACUGCACACACAAGCCAUAACAGGAAGGAAACGCUGUCUGUGGAGGAGAGGGCAGCCUGAGGAAGCCCAGAAAACAAAACCUUUAGCCUCUGUGUUUACGAUGCAUGUCCAAUAACGACAAUGACCUAAAAAAAAAAAACAACUUUUUUUGGUAGUGAAGAUGAUAUGAGGUGUCAUUAAAAAAUAUAUAUCUGUAUGAUAAACCUACAGGGUGGGUUUGGGGCGGCUGGGCGGGGCAUCUGGGGGGGCAGGAAACAAAUUUGUAAGAUGUGUGUAUUUUUUUCAGUUGUAUUUUAUUAUUUUUUUUACGAUAACUAUUUAUUUUCUUCAGGUAUGUAUUGGAUAAACGUAUGUACAUGUUCGGUUUCGUUCUUUGCUUCGUUUGGACGAGUUUUAAGAGUAAAUAUGAAAACAUUGAGAAUUGUCAUUCAAAUACGCUAAAUGUGUACAUUUUGAGGAACAAAUUGUGCAACGAUUUAACAGAUUUCCAUGAUUCCAGUGGUAGUAAUAAGAUGAAAAUAUCUGAAAAAUAAAGAAUAUUAAUAAUAAUGACAAUGAUGAUGAUGAAAAUGGUGAUGUAAAAGCAAAAAUAAAUAAAGCAAUCCAGGUGGAUUUGCUGAUAAUCAUGCA